GAGAACACAGGCCCCACUUCUGGUGACCUUUAAUGAAGCCAGGCCUGAGGACCCUGAGCCCUGCCACAGCAGAGCCACUAGGGAUUGGCUGGCAGGCUUCUGUGAUGUCACAGUCACUGAGAUGCGCACUCUGGGCUGGGAGGCGACCAGAGGCCAGUAGUGCGUCUACUGCCCAACUGACCAGUUGGUAGUGUAGGCAGCAGGCGCAUUUCAGAGAAUCACAUGGAUACUCAACGGAGGUGAGUGGCACUUGCUCUCUGCAUGAGCUGUGGUGUGGGGAAGGUCCCGCCCAGUGCCCAGGUGGGUUUCCAUGGUCUCCCACACUGGGUUCCAUGAGUGAUGUGGUGGAGCUCUGAGUGCUGCCCCUGUGUGCAGAACAUGUAUACAGUCAUCUCAUUCCUCCCGCUCUGCUGGUCACCAGUGUCGAAUGGGCUGGGUGUGAGUCUCAGUCUGGACACAGGUUCAAGACUAGGUGUUGGGUCAGCUGGUAUCAGGUGGGGCAGGGAGGCCGGCUCUGAGAGCCCCAGAGAUGCGGGAGAUGGGAGCAGGCCAGGGAGCCCCGUAGACUUGGGACUUGGGCUCCCUGGAGGACACAUGGAUGCCAGGCUGGGGGAGGAGCGUCCUUUCCGAGGGCAGGGGAGGCAAGGUGGGGCUGUCCUUCCCCAACCGUCCCUAGUCCCUGAGCUCUGCACAAGUUAUCCUCCAGGGACCCAGCCACCAGGUGCCCGCCUGCCUGGCUGUGUGGCUGUCCCUGCUCUGACCAGGGGGACAGCAUUCAGGGCAGCAUUCCUGUGGGCUCCGCAAUGCUGGCUCCCAUGUGCAUGUGUGUCUUACAGAUUGGAUGUGAACGCCCUGAGGUCCCGGAGGGCCCAGGAGCGAGCAGCGCUCUUCAGACAAUAUGAGCAGGGACGCAGAGGAGCGGCACUGCUGGAGCCUGAAGAGGACGAUGAGGGCGGCUGCCUCGUCCCAGACAGGCUUGGGUUCCUGCAUGAGCAGAAGUUGCCCCAAGACAGCACCCCGGGGGCAAAGCGUAAACAGGAGGUAAGAAGGAUCCAGAAGUGGAUAAAGAUGAUCAAGAACCAUAGUAAAUACCGGGGCAGCGACAAGUUUCAGCGCAGAAUCUACAAAGGCAUCCCUGCCCAGGUGCGUGGGAAGGUGUGGGCCGUGAUGCUGGAGGUGGACAAGAGGAAGGCCCAGAACCCGGGCAAAUACGCGGAGAUGAAAGAGCUGGCCAGGCUGGGCGCCACUCACUUCCAUCACAUCGACUCCGCCAUCGCAUGGACUUUCAGAAACCACCUCAUGUUCCGGGAACGUUACGGAAUGAACCAACAGGCCUUAUUCCACAUACUGAUGGCCUAUUCCGUCUACAAUCCCGAGGUGGGCUACAGCCAGGGUCUGAGCCAUGUGGUGGCGCUGUUGCUCAUGUAUAUGCCCGAGGAGGACUCUUUCUGGGCCCUGGUGCAGCUCAUGGAAAGCAGGAAGCACGCGAUGCACGGUUUCUACAAACCAAACACCCCCAAACUGGAGCGAUUCCAGCAACACCUGGGGCUCAUUGUGCAUCGCGUGCUCCCCUCCCUGGAGAAACACCUGGAGAAGGAGGGUGUGUGCCUGGAGGACUCCACCGCCCACUGGUACAUCCAGUGCUUCCUGGAUGGGGUGCCGUUCCCCCUGGCUCUGAGAAUAUGGGAUAUAUACAUCCUGGAGGGUGAGCACGUGCUCCCCUCCAUGGCAUACACGGCCCUCAAGAUCCAUAACAAGCGCCUGCUGAAGAUGCCCCGGGACCACCUCCGGGAGUUCCUGCAGGUGACCCUGAAGCAGGCCUGGUCUCUGAGCGAGGACGCGGUCAUCAGGCAGCUGCGGGCCUCCAUGCGUGAGCUGGGGAAGCUCCAGUGCCUCCUGCCUCCCGAAGCCAAGGCCAUCGAACAGUGCAGCAGGCCCCUGGGGCAGGCACGCGUCUCCCAGAUGCACGUUCCUGCCCCCACUGCUCCGAAGGCCAAAAUCACCAUUCAGGACACAGUGGCAGUGUGGGAGCAGACCAGGGGUCCCGCUACCCGUGCAGUGAUGAUCCAUCCUCCAGAAAGCUUUGGCCUCCGCAUCGCCGAGAGGGAAGGCAUGGAGGAGGAGGAGAGCUGGGAAGGCAGCCCAGAGCCCCUCAGCCUGGGCUCCCCUGUGGGGACCGCAGAGUCUCCAGGUUCUGCCAGCCCCACGGAGUCUCCAAAGUGCUCGAGGUGGGGAGGCCUGUGCCAGUGCGCCAGUCUCCCUAACCUGAGCAGGCCAGAGCACAGGGAGGACAACUCCUCCGACGCUGGCAGCCGGGAGGGCCUGUGGAUGUGGGCUCCUCCACAGGCCUCAGAGCCCCCAGAACCAGGGCCCAUGCAGGCUGUCCCCGCCUGGGGGCCACGGCUGAAGACUCCCCCCUACUGGCAUGGCAGCCCCACGCACUCUGGGGACAGUCAUGGGCUGGAGCCGGCCAGAGCCAGCCCUGGGCUGGGAGACCAGGCCCGCGUGCCCUCCCUGGCCAGAGGCCUCCUUACCUCUUAUUCUAUGGGGCACCUGGAUGAUGGGUGCCUCCUAGAAGAGAGGCCGAGUCCACCAUCUGUCCUGCCCAGGCUGGGCAGCAGCCUUCCGUGUGUCUUCACGGCAUCCUAUACACUUGGUUGAGCCCCCACCCCCAGGCUCUUCCUGGGGCCAGGACACCCUGACACUGGAAGACAACAGCCGUGCCAGGAGCCACUGUACUCUCCUCCCCGCCCCCUCCCCCACCGCCACCCUCAGGUGGUGCUGAGCCUGUAUUAAAUUGUUCCAUGGAAAGGAGUUUGCUCCAGUUUGUGACCCCGGCGCCCAGCGGCAGCAAGCUUCCCCGUGUUCCUGGGGAGAUGGGUGGUUCCACAGCCCCCAGCCCCAGGCAGAGACCCACUCAGGACCCUGCAGGCAAUGCCUGAGAUUCAGCUGUGCCCUGUGGGGCUGGGUCAGGGUGGGAGAG